AUGACGGCAAUCUACAUCAAGAAUCGCCUACCAUCGCCCAAGUGCCAAGAUCAAACCCCGUUCGAGAUCGUCAACGGAUUUCGACCAAGUGUGAAGCACAUGCGGGUUUUCGGCUGCCGAACGUUUGUGCUGACCCCUAAGGAAAAGAGAUCGAAAUGGGAUCCGAAGGCUCGUGAAGGACUAUUCAUGGGGUACGAAGAAGUGUCAAAGGCAUAUCGCGUUUACGACAUUGAAGCGGAUCAAGUGGUGAUAUCUCGCGAUGUCACAUUCGACGAAUCAACGCUUGGUUUCUCGCCGAGGCUACCACAAGAAAUUGUCGAUGACACUGCGCUGGAUAUCGAAUCGAUGAGCAUCAGCGAUGAGCCUCACCCCAUGCAGUUAAAGCAAACUGGAAAACGCAAAAGCCGUUCAAACAGUCAAGAACAAGUUCUACAACGGACACUUCUUGAGCGUCGUGGAACCGGGUUAGAAGAAAGCAAGUGCCCCGGAUGA